GCAUAUCCAACAGCUCAAACAACAUUUUUGGAACCGCUGGCAUAAGGAGUAUUUGAACGAGCUAACCAACCGCAAUAAAUGGAGCAAGGGUGGACACAGCAUCCAAAAGGGCACAAUCGUCAUCCUCAGAGAGGACAACGUUCCCUCCAUGCAUUGGCCUCUGGGCCGAGUUAUCAAGGUUCAUCCAGGCGCCGAUGGUGUCAUCCGGACAGCUACAGUUCAGACGGCAAAGAGCAUUUUGGAUCGGGGCGUCAAAAGGCUUGUCCCACUGCCAAUUCAACCCGAUCUCGAGAAACCCGAACAAAUAGCCACCGAGACGAAAUAAGAUGGGAACUUCAACCACACCUCGCUAGUUUGAUCGGUACCCUCUCAACGGGGGGAGAAUGUUACGCCAUGCGGCUUACCAUAGGUCAUAUUCUUAACUAUCGAUCGCGGCACUAUAAUGUCGCAGACGGACCGUCGCGUCUGCCCGGCAAACAAACAUUGUAGUGGCAAGCGCAUGGUUCAUUAAGCAGGGCGACUUCCAGAAACGUCGACUCGUGGUCGUUAUUUUACCUCGCGUAAAAGAAUGUGGCGUGAUCCGAACGUAGUGGGGGUCGCCUUCCAGAAAAAACGAAAAAAAUCGAAAGGCGUUCAGAACUUUUCGAGAAGUCGAACCGUCAACACAUGUGGCGCUUGGCCAUGGAUCGCUGCAUUAGGUUUUCGUAAUCCCCGAAACCCAGACAAACCACUAUGGAAGUGCGGAGGUUCCCUGAUAUCGGCUAGGCAUGUUUUGACCGCAGCACAUUGUGCACAUAUGGAUGGAAUAGAAAACAUACACAAUCAUAAUAUUGCCAUUCUUAGAUUGGUGGAGGAGGUGCCAUUUUCGAGGUACGUAUAUCCCAUUUGUACGAAAGAGCCCCUACGAAAGAGCAACUUCGUCGGCUAUAACCCCCUUGUUGCUGGAUGGGGAGCGUUAAGAUAUAAAAAACAGUGCAGGAUGCUGUGAUUCGUUUCUUGUGGUCGGAGGUUAUGUUUGAUGCCUAUAUUUAUCAAAGAUUUAAUGCACAUUAUGGAGAAAGUGUUUUGUCACGAAGUGUGUUUGAAUGGGCACAAAAGUUCAAAGAAGAUCGCACAAGUGUUAUGAAAAAACAGCUGGACGCCCGUCCACAUCCACGAUGACAACAUUGAACGUGCUCAUGAACUUAUGCUCUAUGGAAUAGACGAGUGACACUGGAUAAUGUGGCAAAUCAUUUGCAAAUCAGCCACGGCUCUGCUUAUGCAAUAGUGCACGACAGAUUUGGAUUUUAAAAAGUUUGUGCGAGAUGGAUGCUGAAAAAGCUGAUGAAAAGGUGAAGACGACGAUGCAUUCGUGGUUCGCAGCUCAGCCCAAAACAUUUUUUAAUGAGAAAAUACGAAGGUCCUUCGGCAAAUGGACAAAGUGUAUACAGAAAUCGAGUGAUUAUGUCAAAAAAUGAUGUAUGUCUUUUUUGACAAUUGCUUAAAAUAAAUUCUACACCGACAGAGCGGGUAACUUUUUACUCACCCUCGUAAGACACUUAAAUUUCCAAUCUAUUAUGAUGAAUAAAAGAGCUUAUACUAUUAAAUCUAAUUGUAUUUUGUUGAAUGAGAGUACACGUGUAUGUGAUGUACAUUACCUUUAUAUCCCCUUGAACGCUUCAAUAUUGCGCAUAUAUACUAUAUUUUGUACAGCUUCUAUAAAAUUUUGUAUGUUUGUUUAGGCUGUUAAUCUAGAGGCUGGAGUACAAAGAAGUGGCACAAUGAUGUGGGCUGAUGACAUUUAUAAUUAUCAA